ACAUUUGUAGCAGAAGCUGUCUAUAUACGUGCCACGUAUGAGCCAUGCAAGCAUUAUAUAUUAUAAAAAGAAAUUAUAUAUACAGCCACAAAUCAAAACUUGGGUUCAUACUCUGGUGAGAAAUUUACAGUCAUGACCAAAAGAUCUGCAGAAAUAGUAGCUGCAAACGAAGACCUGCUGACAGAAAUCCUUCUUCGUCUGCCCACAAAAUCUCUCCUCAGAUUCAAGUGCGUCUCAAUCCAGUGGCUCAAUCUCAUUUCCAGCCCCUACUUCGCCCGAAAUCACUCUCUCCAAAACCCCAACCCCUCAACUUCCGGCCUCUUCUUGUAUCAAUAUCCAUCCCUCCUAUAUCUCACCCUCGCCGUCGAACCAAACGUCACCUCCCGGCCAAGCUUCGGCCCUGUCCCAAUUCUUGAUUUCUUGAGAAUCACGCCCUUUGCUUCCAAUUUAACCAUUUUCAGCUCAUGCAAUGGUUUAUUGCUAUGCCUUUUGGUUUCACCCCCAAGCUGGCAUGAUACUGAUGUUAUUUACUUCGUCUCCAAUCCAACAACCAAGAAAUCCAGCCCACUUCCUUCGCUUCAAAUGCUGGCAGAAAGGCCGAUUGUCACCAUGGACUUGGCAUUUGAUCCCCGGGAAUCACCCCAUUACAAGGUCAUAUGCUUCCGCCACUGUAACCCCCCUGACGGGCCCGAAUUCGAGAUCCAAAUCUUCUCAUCGGAAACGGGUUCCUGGAAAAUUUGCCAGGGCCCGUUUCUCAAUAUCCGCGCCGGAAUCCUAUUCCGCGGACGUGGGGUGUACUGGAACAAACGAAUUCACUACCUCGAUUCGACAGGCGGCGGGUCUUUUUACUUCAAAGUUGAAGAAGAGAGCCUGGGAUUUCUGCGGAUGCCUUUCAUCCAAAGUGAAGUUCAAGCCAUGGAAAGGUCGUGGCAUCUGGGACAAUCCGGGGGACAUUUGCAUUUGGUGGAUAUUGAAACGAAUAUCACCCGGGAUUCGUCAAUUGAUAUCUACGAACUACAGAAUGACUAUUCGGGGUGGUUCUUGCGGUACCGGGUGAAUCUUGGUACCAUAGGAUCCGAAUUCCCGGAGAUGGUGAGAUACAUUGGAGUACACGAGUUUCUGGAUGUAGAGGGCAAUCAGAGGUCUGGAAUUGGAAGGUAUUACAUCUAUUCUGUGUUGAACGUGGUCCGAGAAGGUGAUGAUUUGUUUGAAAUCGUGCUGUCUAUACCGAAUAAAAUCGUUUGUUAUAAUCCAGGGAAUAGAACAUCGAAAGUGCUUGUCUAUUUUGGAGAUGACAGGGAUAGGGUACGAUAUGAAUGGCACAAUGUGUUUCUGUAUACUCAGACCCUUCUGCCCAUUUGAGUUUAUGGGAUGAAUGUAAUGAAAAUUGUAUUAAUGCAACUUCUUUUCCCUGUCA